AUGGUCAAUUCGACUUACAAUCUAUCAUUACGAAAUGCUCAAAAUGAGAAUGGACAUCGUCGAGAUGAACCGAGACUUGAAAUGCAAAAUAAUUGUUUUGAACUCGAGGGAGCCAUGGAAAGUGUAGCAUCGAUCAGUGAAGCACCAGGUAUGUUUUUGUUAUUGAAGCUUUCUCCUCCAGAACCCCUAAAAGGGUUAUAACUUCAUCAAAUUUGAAACAAUCAAAUUUUACAGUUCUGUUCAAUGUUCAAAGAGCUCAAAAUGUUGCUGAUUUUGUCUGUUUUGCCUUUAUGGUUAUUUUUGCUGCAAGUGUUGCAAUUUACUUCGUAUUAACAUUAAAAAGAUAA